AUGCCAUACAGAGAAAUGGGAAACUUCUGGACUUUUCAGAACACUGAUAUGACUGCCCAGCAGAAGAAAACAAAGUGUUGUCGCUGUGGCCGCCGCCGCUGCCACCGCCGCCACUGCCACCACCAUCGCUGCCCUGAAAGCUUUGCCCAGUAUUUUCCCCUGUUGCUGAACAAGAUUCACCCAGGGCUUAAGCUUUCCCAGGAGACGAUGCACAUCAUGGAUUCCUUUGUAAAGGACAUGUUUGCUCGCAUCGCCACCGAGGCCAGUAGUCUGGCUCACAGCACUAACCGUUCCACCAUAUCUGCCAGAGACAUCCAGGCAGCUGUGCGCCUUCUGCUGCCUGAGAACCUCAGCAAGAAUGCUGUGAACCAGGCCACUAGAGCCCUGCUUAGGUUCAGCAGGAAUAAGUGA